AUGAGUGCAUCCUUCAACCGAGGUAAAUCCUCGAAAGAUACAAGAAAGGCGUCUGGAAAGCUUGCGCACACAUUUAAGGAUCACGAUGAUUUUUCCAUGGAAGCCACAGUUGGUUAUCCCCCAGAAGCCACAACUUCCCUGACAAAUAAUGCUUCAAACCAAAACUUCCUAGACAACUUCUCUGGCGCUGAAAAUGAUGAACCAGGAAAAGAAUCGGGCAGGACACCUAAUCGAAUUAGAAACUAUUCGCUCAGUGAAGCAUUCAACUACAACAAUAACUUCAACAACCCCAACUUUGACAUAAGUGGGCGAAGUUAUAUUAGCAUGAGCCAUAGACCAAGUGUGCUUGUGAGUACAAACUCGCCUCAAGUGAACACCGGUGUUGAGGUCCAUGAGCAGACAGCAAAUCUUGCCAACAUCGGAGUAGUUGAUAGUGAAGAAGCAGGUGGAGGAGACGACGUUUAUGACACUAGCAUUCCUGAAGAACAAUUUUCAGGACAAUUUAACCACUCAAAGAGUAAACACACACAUAUAAGUGGAUACGAACGACCUUCAUCGUCGCCUACAUAUUCCAACAUAACUCCUUUACUUACUGAGCCACGUGCUAGCUAUACAGAGGGGGACGAUGAGGACACUAUAGGCAUAUCACAGCAUCCAAAAUCGUCGAAUGGAAAAGGAAUGGAUUUUAAAAGGCUGUCAGAUGCAUCAACUACACCACAUGGUGCUCCGACCAUUCCAGAGAAACAAACACAACCGAGCAGUCUACACCAACUACUUGUCAAACCAUUUCAGUUUAUACCCGGCGUGUUUUUGGGAACUUUAUUAAACAUAUUGGAUGGAUUAUCUUACGGUAUGAUCAUGUUCCCCAUUAGUGAGCCGAUUUUUGCUGCAUUGGCGCCAGCGGGGCUUUCGAUGUUUUACGUAUCGUGUAUAGUGUCCCAGUUGGUGUACUCAUUAGGUGGAUCAGCGUUCAAAGCGGGGAUUGGGUCUGAAAUGAUUGAAGUCACUCCUUUUUUCCACACUAUGGCGUUCAGCAUUUCAAGACUGAUAUCGUCUGACACUUCGGUAGAGAACCAGCAAGAUGCGAUAAUUGCAACAACGAUCACUUCCUAUGCAAUCUCAUCUAUUGUAACUGGGUUGGUGUUUUUUUUGCUAGGCAAAUUAAAGUUGGGUGUAUUGGUGGGAUUCUUUCCUCGACACAUUCUUGUUGGCUGUAUUGGAGGAGUGGGGUAUUUUUUAAUAGCUACUGGUAUUGAAGUUUCUUCGAGAUUGGAAGGGGGGUUAACAUACAACUAUGAAACAUUCAAAUAUCUAUUCUACAACCACAUUACAUUUUUAGAAUGGACUGUUCCACUAGUCUUGGCCGUGAUCUUAAUCUUCCUUCAACAUAAAAUCCAUAAUUCGUUACUUGUUCCAGGGUAUUUCAUUGCUGUGUUUGCCAUUUUUCACCUAAUAGUACUAUUAAUUCCAUCCUGGAACUUGAAUGAUGCGCGUGAGAUGGGGUGGGUGUUUCCCGCAGUCGAGGGUGAUCAACCUUGGUUUGAAUUCUACCUGUUGUACAAGUUCCAAUUAGUCGAUUGGUUGUGCAUCCUAAGACAGACUCCAACCAUGUUGGCAUUGACCUUCUUUGGAAUUUUGCAUGUUCCAAUUAAUGUACCUGCCUUGGCUGUUUCCGUUGGAAUGGAUGACGUUGAUGUUGACCGGGAGUUAGUAGCACAUGGGUAUUCAAAUGCUAUUUCUGGUUUGGUUGGAUCUAUUCAAAACUACUUGGUGUAUACAAAUUCAGUGUUGUUUAUCAGGGCAGGGGCAAACGAUCGACUUGCUGGAAUCAUGUUGGCAGUGGCAACGGCCGCAGUAAUGAUUGCAGGGCCAGUGGUUAUUGGAUACAUUCCGGUUUGUGUUGUGGGUGCAUUGAUCUACCUAUUAGGUUAUGAGCUUCUCAAAGAGUCGGUAUGGGACACUAUUGGCAGAUUGAGAAAGAUUGAGUACUCAACUAUUAUAAUUAUUGUGGUUACAAUGGGUGCUGUUGAUUUUGUCGCAGGUAUAGGCAUUGGUAUUUUAUUAGCGUGCUUGUCAUUUGUUGUCGAAGCUGCAGGAACACCAGUGGUACAAGGUAUCUACUCCGGUAGUGUAGCCCGUUCAACUGUCUUGCGCCAUCCGAAGCAACAAGAGUUUUUAAAAAAUGUGGGCGAACAGAUUUGUAUUGUCAAAUUGCAAGGAACAAUCUUUUUUGGAUCAAUAGGUGGUGUCGAAAAGGAGAUACGGUUAAUUUUCGAAACUGAUAAAUUCGAUAAAAGGCCAGUCAAGUUUUUAAUAAUUGAUAUGAAAGAAGUUAUAUCGUUGGAUUUUUCCGCGGCUGAAGGGUUUAGAAGGAUAUUGAACUUGGCUAAUGAGUUCAAGACACAGUUGAUUAUAUCUGGUGUCAGCGAAGAGGAUGAAACCAUCCAGGGGUUGCGUGACGCCGGUUUAUUUGAAAAUAGUGAGCAAAGCAAUGGUUCUUCUCCACCCAUUGAAUUAUUUAGUUCAUUGAACUAUGCCUUAGAAUGGUGUGAAAAUUCAUUCUUAAAGACGUACAAAAGCUUGAAGAAAGGUAACCACAUGGAUCCAGUAACUCGUCACACAUCGUCGAGGUCAGUGCCGGGAGCUAAAGCCAAUAGCUCUACAACAAACACGCCUGUGAAUCUAAGUUUAGGGGGCAGCAGCAGCAGCAUGGCCAGGUCGUCAUCAAUACAAUCACCAUCUUCAUUUAGCAACAAGUUGUUCAAUCAAUUUGGGGGUGAGUUUGGGACUCCAAGAACAAAACAAGUUCUUCAAGCAGCUAGUAAGACAGUUUACGAUGAGCAGAAGACUCAGCACAAGCUACAUAUGAAUGCAAACAGCCAAUUUUUACAAAAGCAACCUUUGCCUUUGAUGAUGAUUACGUUUCAAGGUUUGUGUUCCAAAGAUGCCGAGUUUUGGGCACCUUUAGCUCCCUAUUUCGUCAAGGAGCUGAUACCAGAGAAUAUACAAUUCUACAACACAGCAGAAGACGAGCCGUCGUUUUUCAUUGUGGAGCUGGGCUUGGUCAGAUCGGUUAUCAAGUUUGGACCAGAAGGAAGGGAGCUACAUAGCUCGAUUGUUCCUUUGGUUGCAUUUGGUGAUUUGGACGAUGCUUCAUAUUAUAGGCCAAUAUCUUAUACUACUGUGAAUGAUUCCGUUGUCUGGAAAUUGUCCAAGGCCAAUAUCAAGGAAAUGUUGAAACUGCAAGGCUCAAAAGGAGAGACUCUUUACCACGAGUUGUUGGAGAUUGAAGCUAAAUUGAUCAGGGAAAGAUUCGACACAAUGACCGCAAAUUUGAUCAUAUCAGGGUAG